AUGCGUACCUCCUUCGCUCCUAUCGUGGCCCUGGCUGGCCUGGCCUCCGCACAACAAUUGAACAUCGCCGCGAUCAACGCAGCUCCUCUCCCAGCAACCACUGCCGCCCCAGUCGGUGCCACUGCUCAAUCUACACUCGCCUACAACAGCGCCGCUGCUGCCACUUCUGCUACGGAUGAUGUCCAGCCAACCUCUGCUGCCGCCGCCGCCAACAAGGUCAAGCGUGGCGAUUGCUCUCCUCAGCCAGCAGGUGCCGGCCCCAAGGUCUCGCCAGACACCCCAGAAGCCUUCUCCAACAGCCUCUACUUCCAUGCCCUUGCCAACUCCGUCAUCCCGCCCUUCCCCUACAUCGAGAAAUUCCGCGACCUGAACGGCUCGACCCAACAAAACUCCUACCUCACCUACUACAUCCUCCCCUCGUACGACGUCUUCAAAUGCGCCAACUACUGCAAUAACGUCGACCUCUGCACCGCCUUCAACCUCUACGUCGAGCGCGACCCUUCCCUCGACCCAGGUCCAAACUGCCCUAACCCCCCGUCCACCACCAACUACAAGUGUGCCCUCUGGGGCUCCUCCAUUAGCCGGGCUUCCGCAACCAGCACCGGCCACGUGCCAGCAGGCUUCUCCCUCUCUGCCGGCCUCGGCAACAAAGCCAUCACCCUUGCUGGGCAGUUUUCUCUCGGCUCCGAAUUCUUCGCUGGUCCUUAUGAUCCAUCCCUCUGCGGCUUCUACGCCACUGCACAGACUUCCGCCAACAGGGCUGAUGCGCAGAUCAAGGGCUUGAAGACGUACCAGGCGGCCAACUCGUUCAACUCGUACUAUGUCUACAAGGGCAACUUUGCUUGGGGUACUUACUGCACUCUGUUCAACAAGAACAUUGAUAGCUCGUAUGCCGGCAACAUCAACGCCAGCAGCAAUGGCGUUGCCUAUGGUGUGGGCAGCAGCUUCCAGUGGAGCUUGACGCAGCAGGAUGCUGGGACUUUGUAG